UGUUUCGUGUGUCUUGGCGUGUCCCUAUUUCGUGUUUUCUCGGAUUUUGGGCGUUUGGUGUGUUCUUGGGCUAUUUGAUGGCAAAGCAACAUUAAGGCCUUGAUUGGGGUGACCAGUGACACACAGCAAAGAUGGGGACGAUAGGCGACCAGCUGCACUUCCUGCCCUCGUCCAUUAGUUUCUCUAUUUUCUCGGCGGACGAGGUGCGCAAGCUGAGCAAAGUCGAGAUCACCUCAACUGUCGGCCUCAAUGACCUCUGCCAGCCGCUGCCUGGCGGCCUCUACGACCUGCGGAUGGGUCCGUACAUGCGGGACUACGGCGUGUGCGCCACGUGCCACCUGAACUACCUGCACUGCCCGGGCCACCUGGGCCACAUCGAGCUGACGUUCCCCGUCAUCAACCCCAUGUUCCGCUCGGUGGCCAUCAGCCUGCUCUCCAGAACGUGCCUCAACUGCUCGGCGCUCCUCGUCCCAGCUCCGCUGCUGACGCUGGUGCGGACCCAGCUGGAGCUGCUGGAGCUGGGGCUGGCCGCCGAGGCGCUGGCCGCCGCCGACCUGAUCCCCGCCUCGUCGGCGUCGGCAGGCGGGCCGAAGCGGCGCCGCGCCGACAAAGACGUGGAGCUGGACGCCGACAUGGUGGAUGCGGACGCCGUCAUCUCCGACAAACAGCUCAGCGACAAACUGGCCGGCUACCUGGCCGACCUCAAAGAGCGUCACCGCAGCGGUGAGCUGGCGGGCCAGGUGCGUAACGUGGUGCUCGAGCGGCGCACGGUGAUCCGUCGCUUCCUGGGCCAGCGGCCGCUCAAACAGUGCACCCAGUGCAGCCGCCGACAGCCCUCGCUCAACGACUUCAUGGGACAAAUCGUCAGAAUCGAGAAAAAGGACCCCGGGAAGAACAGCAUCGACAGACCGACGGACGCCAACGACCUGCGCGGCUACCUGACUACUGUGGAGGCGCGUGACGUGCUGCGGAAGCUCUGGACCCGCGAGAAGGGGCUCCUAUGUGCCGUGUUCGGUGUGCUCAACUCGCUCAAACACUGCGAGUUCCCCACCGACUGCUUUUUCCUGGAGGUGCUGCCGGUGACGUCGCCACGACUCCGACCGACGGACUCUGUGCACGGCCGGCCGGUGGAGCACACCCAGUCGCACGUGUACGCCUGCGUGCUGGAGUGCAGCCUGCUGCUGCGGCAGCUGGUCCAGCUGCGACAGCAGGGCGCCGACCUGUCCAAACUCGGCGACGACCAGAAGCGGCUGCUCGACUCGGUGCGCGGCCAGACCAUCGACGACAAGAUCGUCCGCUGCUGGGGCACGCUGCAGGGACUGGUCGACUGCGUGUGCGACUCGGAGAUGAACAAAGUGGCAGCCAAACGGCUCAACGCCAAAAACCUGAAGGGGGUGAAACAGCUACUGGAGAAAAAGGAAGGCAUCUUCCGUAUGAACAUGAUGGGCAAGCGCGUGGACUUUGCGGGCCGUACGGUGAUCACACCGGACCCGUACCUGAGCGUGCAGGAGAUCGGCGUGCCCGAGGUGAUGGCCAAGAAGCUGACGUACCCGGAGCCGGUGACGCCGCAGAACCUGGCACUGCUGCAGCGCGCCGUGCUCAACGGGCCCAACCGGCACCCGGGCGCCAACGCCAUCUGGAACAGCAACGGCUUCAAGGUGAUGCUCAAGGACGACCCGAAGCAGCUGGCCUCGAUGGCGGCCAGUCUGAUGACGCCCUCCGAGGAGCUGUCCAAGAAGCAGCUGGGCCCCAAGGUGGUGCUGCGCCACCUGGUCACCGGCGACGUGGUGCUGGUGAACCGGCAGCCCACCCUGCACCGGCCCUCCAUCAUGGCGCAGCGCGUGCGCGUCCUGCCCGGCGAGAAAACCUUCCGGCUGCACUACUCCAACUGCAAGAGCUACAACGCCGACUUUGACGGCGACGAGAUGAACGUGCACCUGCCGCAGGGCGAGGAGGCGCGCAGCGAGGCCUACCACCUGGCGCUGGCGCCCAACCACUUCCUGGUGCCCAAGGACGGCACGCCGCUGGGCGGCCUUAUCCAGGACCACGUGGUGGCCGGCGUGCGACUGACGAUGCGCUCCACGCUGCUGGACCGCGCCCAGUACCAGCAGCUGGUGGCCAGCGGGCUGGGCGACCACCGCAGCCGGGUGCGCCUCCUGCCACCGGCCGUCAUCAAACCGCGCCAGAUGUGGACCGGCAAACAGGUCAUAUCAACACUGAUCAUCAACCUGACACCGCCCGGCCGGCCGGCCAUCAACCUCCGCUCCAAGGCCAAACUCAACCCCAAGGUGUGGGAGCGCCAGGCGCCGCGCGUGGCCCGCGCCGGCGGCACCCCGCUGGAGGGCGCCGACAUGUCCGAGGGCGAGGUCAUCAUCCGCGGCGGCCACCUGCUGUGCGGCGUGCUGGACAAGCAGCAGUUCGGCGCCGUGCCCUUCUCCCUGGUGCACGGCUUCUACGAGCUGUACGGCAGCGACGCCAGCAGCCGGCUGCUCUCGGCCUUUUCACGUCUCUUCACCUGCUGCCUGCACGUGAUGGGCUUCACGCUGGGCGUGCAGGACAUCCUGGUGACGUGCGAGGCGGACCGGCAGCGACGCCGCGUAGUGCGCCGCUCGGACCGGGUCGGCGCAGAGGCCACCGCCGACGCGCUCGGCAUCGUGUCGGCCGCCGAGCGCUCGGACGUGACGCUGAUCAAACGCCGGCUGGAGGAGGCCCACCUGGCGUCGGCGGCGCGCACCCAGCGCGACCUGGACCGCGCCUACAAACAGCGACUGGACAGCGUCAACAACGACAUCAACAAGGCGUGCCUGCCGCGCGGCCUGAUCCAGCCGUUCCCCGAGAACAACCUCCAGCUGAUGGUCGAGGCCGGCGCCAAGGGCUCCAAGGUGAACACCAUGCAGAUCAGCUGCCUGCUCGGACAGAUUGAGCUCGAGGGAAAGCGGCCGCCGCGCAUGGUGUCCGGCAAGACGCUGCCGAGUUUCGCGCCGUACGACCUGAGCCCGCGCGCCGGCGGCUUCAUCUCCGGUCGGUUCAUGACGGGCAUCCGGCCGCAGGAGUACUUCUUCCACUGCAUGGCCGGACGAGAAGGUCUGAUCGAUACGGCCGUCAAGACCAGCCGCUCCGGAUACCUGCAGAGGUGUCUGAUCAAACACCUCGAGGGCCUGGUGGUGAACUACGACUCGACUGUGCGCGACAGUGACGGCAGCGUGAUCCAGUUCCGCUACGGCGAGGACGGCUGUGAGACACAGAAGGUGCCCUACCUGACCAAGCAGCAGCUGCCCUUCCUCGACGACAACCACCGGGGCAUGUUCGACUCGGACCUGGUCGACAUGUUCAAGAGCCGCUCCAAGGAGAAGGAGGUACGGAAGCUGAAGCGGAAGGUGAGCAAGUGGAAGAGUCAGUUCGGCGACCCGUGUCAGCACCGGCGCACCAGUCCGUUCCUGGAGUUCAGCCGCGGCGCGCCGCUGCAGAACCAGCACAAGUGCCACCCGAAGACGCGGCGGCCGCUCAGCUACCACCAGUGCGUGACGCUGUGGGAGGAGCUCGAGUCACGCCGGCCGUACCGACACGCGGCACAGCGCUGUCCCGAUCCCGUGGACGCCGCCUACCCGCCCGACUCGCACUUCUCGUCCGUCUGCGAGAAAAUGGACGCCAUGCUGUGCGACUACCUGGAGUCGCGGCCCGGCGGGGCCACCGACCAGCUCAGGGACAUGCUGUACUUCAAGGCGGCGCGCGCCGUGGUGCACCCCGGGGAGGCGGUCGGCCUCAUCGCCGGACAGUCGGUCGGCGAGCCGUCCACUCAGAUGACACUGAACACCUUCCAUUUCGCCGGACUGGGAGACAUGAACGUCACACUGGGUAUCCCCCGUUUACGCGAGAUCCUGUCCGCCUCCAAGAGCCAGAAGACGCCCAGCAUGGAGAUUCCGUUCCGGAGCGGCGUGUCGAACGUGGCCGAGCGGGCGCGCCGGCUGCGGCUGAAGCUGACGCGCGUCACGCUGGCGCAGGUGCUGCGCCAGAUCACCGUCACUGAGUCGUGUCAGUCGGGCAAGACGCGCUCGUACCGGCUGCAGCUCGACUUUUUACCGCGCUCCGCCUACCGGGACGAGUUCGCCGUCACGCCGGCCGGCGUGUUGCAGUACGUCGAGGACGUCUGGGUGCGGCGCUUCCUCAAGAAGCUGGCGCAGACGUUCAAGCUGAAGGACGUCAGCGGCGUGCUGCAGAGGGAGGGCGCGGCGCCGGCUAGCCAGGACGCGGAGCCGGAGGACGCCGACCAGCCGAGUGGGGAGGCCGCCGACGACCCGUCUGCCCAGGAGGCGGCGGACGAGCCGACCGGCGGCGGCGGCGGCGGCGCGCCGGACCGAGACGCUGACGAGGAGGACUCGGAGGGCGAGGCCGAGGCGGACGACGACGCCACGGCGGCGCGCUCCAAGGCGCGGCGUAAUGACGAGGCCGACUACGAGUCGGAGGAGGAGGAGGAGGGGGAGGGGGCCGACGCCGACGAGUCGCGGCCCGUCAGCCCGGAGGGAGGGGAGGAGGAGGACGACGCGGAGGAGCUGGCGGCCAGCCCUGCACGCACCAAGGACGCCCAGCUGCGCCGCGCCGCCGUGUGCGCGCUCAGUCUGGAGAGCUGCCGCGUCACACAGUACGACUUCGACCAGAAACACGAGCGCUGGUGUCGCUUCACUGUCAUGGUGACCACCAGCAAACAGUGCGACAUCCAGACUCUGGUGACGGACGCCGCCACGGCCGGCGUCAUCCGGGAGGUGCCGCGCAUCUCCCGGGUGUUCGUGAUGGAUGACGAGCGGAAGGGCCUGCGACUCUGCACCGAGGGCAUCAACAUGACGUACAUGGCGCGAUUCUCCGAGCUGCUGGAUCUGAACCGGAUGUACUGUAACGACCUGCACAGCAUGGCCGAUACGUACGGCAUCGAGGCCGCAUCCAGGGCCAUCGUCAAGGAGAUAUCGUCCGUGUUCGAGGUGUACGGCAUCCAGGUGAGCCGGCGCCACCUCAGUCUGAUCGCCGAGUACAUGACGUUCAGCGGCCAGGUGCGCGGCUACAACCGAUCCGCCAUGGACUCUGUGGUCUCGCCGCUGCAGCAGAUGAGCUUCGAGACCACCGUCGGCUUCCUGCGCACCGCCGUCCUAGCAGGUCAGGUGGACGAGCUCAAGUCUCCCUCGGCGCGGCUGGUGAUGGGACAGCCGUUCGCCGGCGGCACCGGCAUGUUCAGCCUCGUCAACAAGAUGAUGGCCUCGCUGGGGCAGCUGUGGUAGGGUAGUGCUGUCUGCGCGGUGAACGGUCGACCGGCCGUGUCUGCGGUGGGUGGCCGGGGGUCAGAGAUCGGAUGGUGUUAAUGCCGACUGAACGGACGGGUGGGAGGCUGCCACGAGGCUGCGGGGGGAGGUACGGGACCCGGAAUGUGUCUCAAUGGGUGAAUAUGUCGUCUGUUGAUCAGGUCAAAUGGAUUACCGGAGCCGGGCUAUACCGGCUGGCGGCUAAGAUUGUUACGCUUUGAUACAGUGUGCCCUGGAUACAGGAGAAAUAUAGUUUUUGGUUGCCUUA